GAGAAGCCAAAAAAUUGCUAGAAAAAUUUUAGGGUGUGGGUUCUAUCAGUAGAGAGAGUCUUUGGAGAUGAGGAAUGAUGGCCAGAAACCAGGUGGUGGAAACAGCGGCGGCGGCGGCAGCAGUGGUGGAGGCUUCAUUCCUACUUCAUUUAAGGCUCUUUCCAGUUACUUAAGGAUUGUUUCUUCUGGUGCUUCCACUGUUGCUUCGACUGUAAGGUCUGCUGCAUCAGCUGCUUCUGCCAUUGUGGAGAGGGACUCGGAUUCCUUCCAUGAUCAGGUGCAUUGGGCUGCGUUUGACAAUUUACAAUGUGAUGGGCACAUCACUAGACAAGUCCUUUUGCUUGGAUUUCGGAAUGGUUUCCAGGUUUGGGAUGUUGAAGAUGUGAGUAAUGUACAUAACUUGGUUUCGAGGCAGGAUGGUCCUGUUUCAUUCAUGCAAAUAUUACCAAAACUGUUGGCCUCAAAACAGGACAGAGACAAGUUCGCUAACAGUCGGCCACUGCUCGUAAUUUGUGCUGAUGGUUGCUUUCCUGGAGGCAGUGACUUUCAGGAAUGCAGUUCUCGUAGUGGGACCAUCCAUUAUGGGCAUGAGUUACCAAAUUGUAGUGGUGUGCCUACUGUUGUUUGUUUCUAUUCCUUGAGAUCACACUCCUAUGUGCAUCAGCUCAAGUUCAGAUCAGUUGUUCAUUUAGUAAGGUGCAGCUCUAGAAUCAUUGCCGUUCUACAGGCAUCACAGAUACAUUGUUUUGAUGCUGCAACUUUGGAAACGGAUUAUAAUAUUCUUACAAAUCCCAUUCCAUUGGGUUGUGGAUCUGGAUGUAUUGGCUUCGGACCUCUUGCACUGGGUCCCAGGUGGAUGGCUUAUAGUGGGAGUCCAGUAGGUAACUCAAACUCUGGACAUGUCAGUCCCCAACAACUUACCCCUCCUAGACUUCCUAGUCCUGCAUCAAAUGGGAGCCUGGUUGCACAUUAUGCAAAAGAAUCAAGCAAACAGCUAGCCGCUGGUUUAAUGACUCUUGGAGAUAUGGGUUAUAAGAAGCUUUCCAGGUAUUAUUCUGAGCUGUUGCCUGAUGGAAAUAAUUCACAAUCAGGGAGUCCUCGACUGAGUGGGCAUGGAGUUGCUAAUUCCCAACUGCAUGAUGUGGAAAAUGAUGGAAUGGUAGUUGUCAGAGAUAUUGUUGAGAAGACUCUUAUCACUCAAUUUAGGGCACAUAAAAGCCCCAUCUCCUCAUUAUGCUUUGAUCCCACUGGUACUCUUUUGGUGACAGCCUCGGUUCAUGGUCAUAACAUUAAUGUUUUUCGAAUAAUACCUAGACAUACAUCUGGAGCUGGUUCUGGGGCCUCGUAUGUUCAUCUUUACAGGCUGCAACGUGGUUUUACUAAUGCUGUUAUACAGGAUAUCUGUUUUAGUAGGGACAGUGAAUGGAUUUUGAUAAGUUCUUCCAGAGGGACAAGUCAUCUUUUCGCAAUAUCUCCUUUUCUUGGUUCAUCUGGAAUUCAAUCUGCUGAUGUUUGUUUGAGCUCAAAAGGCAGCGGAUUAGGUAUUAUGAUGAGAUCACCAGCUUGUUCAACUCCACAUUCUGGAGCACAGGUUUAUGAUCAGCAGUGUUUCCGUACUUCUGAUCCUCCUGUAACACUCUCUGUUGUGAGCCGAAUAAGGAGUGGAAAUAAUGGCUGGAGAAACACUGUAACUGGUGCUGCUGCUGCUGCUUCUGGAAGGAUGAAUUCUCCAGCUGGGGCUAUUGCAGCUGCUUUCCAUUACUACAAAGGCAGUGAUUCGUAUUUAGAUACCAGCUUUUUGAAGACUAAUUGUCACCUGCUGGUUUUCUCUUCUCCUGGUUGUUUGAUUCAAUAUGCAAUGCGGGUAUCUUCUGGUUUAGAUUCUCUGACGACAAUGCAUGAACUAGGCAUGGGACGUGACCCGUGUCUUGAGAAUGAUGCAAAAUUAGUGGUGGAGGCUAUGCGGAAGUGGAAUAUUUGUCAUAAACAAAACUGUAAAGAGCGAGAUGAGAAUGUUGACAUCUAUGGUGAGAAUGGAUAUUACGAUAGCAGCAAGGUAUUUCCAGAAGGAAUCAGAAAGAAGGGUGUUUACUCUGAGGCUAGAGACACGGUCUCGAAGGAUAAGAUGGCUUCUGAGGAAAAAUACCACUUGUAUAUAUCUGAAGCAGAGCUGCAAAUGCAUCAGCAUCGGGUUCCAUUGUGGAUGAAAGCUGAGAUAUAUUUUCAGACCAUGGCAACAGAUGGCAUUAAUACGAGUGAGGAGAGUGCCUUUGAAGGAGAGAUUGAGAUAGAAAGAAUACCUACUCGAAUGAUUGAAGUGAGUUCAAAAGAACUAGUUCCAGUGUUUGAAUAUCUUCAAGCUCCCAAGCUUCAACCUGGAAGGCAAGUUUUAAAUCGCAGCAAGGAUAGACAACUGCUGUAUCAGAGAUCUGGAAUGUCUGAGAACAGAAAGCUUGCCUACAUGGGCAGUUCUGGUUCAUUAGAUUCCAUGAGUGGGGGAUUAGCUGUGACCGAACUGCACAAUGGUGCUGAGGAAACAGGAUGGGUUGGUCUUCAGGUGCCAACAAACACAACCAAGGGUUUUGUAAAUACUGCUGAUUACUCCAAAGCAAAUGGUCGGCUUGAGAUUGUAAAUAAUAGAGAGAGCUCUGUGACAGAGACACAAUUUAGCUUCGUAAAUAAUAGUAUAGGUGUGCUGACAUCGGAGAAUCAAUUUGAAGGUAGUGGUGAUGAGGUUCUUUGAAGGUGUGAAGCUAUUCUUUUAUUCUCCUGGAACGUUGUAUGAUAGUGAAGAUGUUCGGAAGAGCGAGGCAAAUGGCUUUGAUUGCGAUCUAGGAUUGAUGAUAAUGUGUUGUUUUGUUUUAUUGCUGCAACUUUGUAUAUAAUAGACUCGAAACAUAUGUUGGCUAGUUACGAUUUGUAAAUAAUAGCAUCAUCUUACAGCAUUUUUUGCUCUCAAGGGCAUUACCUAAAUCUUAUUUAGUGAUGCGCGGCGCCUGCGUUUUUAUGUUUU